GACAAGCUGUAGCAUUUAUCUGACAACAAGAAAUGAAGGCAGUGAUUGCAAGAGACAUAAAAAUAGAUCUGGCCUGAAUGAUUGGUGCGUCAUGUAUUUGUGUUUGGACUGUCAGAUGCACCUGUACCAAGCUUUGUGCCAUUUAAAAAUAUAUAUAUAUUUUUUUAAGUAAACCACAAUGCAUAUCAGCUCGUGUUUCUGGUGCUGCCCUGGACAAAAGUGCUUCCUGCAUGCUGAUGAAGGCUGUGUCUGUUCCGUAUUAAUGUGUAAUGAAGUGCUGUCUUCUCGCUAAUGGGAGCCAUCGGAGGUGAUGGGUGCUUUGGCAGGUGGACUGCGUCUCGGGAAAAGUGUUCUUCAGGGCGGCGGCGGGGCUCGGCGAGCUGCGGGGGCUGCGGUCGGGGGAGCGCCUGUUCCUGCUGCUCAAGAAGCUCAGCCCGCUGCCGGUGACCGGGAGCAGAGGGAAAAUGCUUCAGGAGAUUAAAAGCCUUGUCAUGGAGGAGCCAAAAUACUGGCUGGAUAUUAUCUCUGUUUGGAGGAGGCUUCAUGGACACGAGGGGAGAACAGGUGAUGUCUCUCAAGAAAAUGUGUUGGGUCUGAAGAGAAAGUCAGAAGAAGAGACAAGUACUGCAAGUAAAAGGCAGAAAACUGAACAAGUGAGCACAGAUGUGCCUGAGGAAUGUCAGGUGGAGGCUGGAGAGACCUGUGUGGCACCAGAGAGAAUGAGCAGUCAGGAGUGCUGGACUGAGAGCAAGACUUCCUCAGAACUCCCUUCCAAAGGCAGUGGAGAGAAUCCUGCUGCGAAUGAGAAGCUUGGCUUCAGUUUCAGAGUGUCUUGUCGCUGUAGUGGAGCAAUUGCCAAAGUACUUACUUCACAGGAGGUGGGCAGAGCCCUGGGCGUGGCACUGGUGAGGCAGUGCGGGUGGCGCGCUGACCUGCGGGACCCUGACCUGGAGAUCUUUGUACAUCUUAAUGAUAUUCACUCUGUCGUGGGGAUUCCUCUUUUCAGGCUUCCAUUGGCAAACAGAGAGUACAUCAAAACAGCAGGACUGCGGUCAACGGUCGCAUGGGCCAUGGCAUCUCUGGCUGAAAUCAGUGCUGGUGCCCUUGUGCUGGAUCCCAUGUGUGGGCUGGGAACGAUACUGCUGGAGGCUGCCAAAGAGUGGCCUGAAGCCUGUUACUGGGGUGCUGACAUAAGUGAGUCACAGUUAGAGGGUGCAGAUGAGAAUAUUAGAACUGCAGGCUUAGUGGAUAAGAUCGAGUUGCUUAAAGCUUCUGUGAAAGCAUUGCCAUUGCCUUCAGAGAGCUUCGACAGUGUUAUUUCGGAUAUUCCAUUUGGGAAGAAGUUCAAGACCACAAAUGAUGCCCAGCUGCUGCCAGAUAUUCUGCAGGAAAUUGAGAGGGUGCUUCGUGUUGGAGGGACCGUGGUGCUGCUGCUGAGCCGGGAGCUGUGCAGGCGCGCGGACGGUUUGACCAGGAGUGCUGGGGGUGACCCUGCUGACGGCGACAGCGGAGCAGCCCCGGCCCCGGGCACGGAGGGGAAUUCCUCCUCCUCAGCACAGGGGCGCGCAGAAUCCGUUCUCAGCAGGCGUUUGGGGUCCCUGGUGCCAGAGGCUGUCCAUGCCGUUAGUCUGGGCAGGACUGAUGCUUUCAUACACAAAUACAGGAAGGUCUCUGCUGCUGGGAACGGGGAGCUGUCGGGGCCUGGGCUGGAGGGAACUUGAACCCCGAGAUGCUGCAGGAGCAGCACGGCAAGGCUCGAUGGGACCCUGCUGAUGCAGACAAACCCAGUGCCAUCUGUUAGACUGCCUCACAUCCUCUGACAUCCUAAGGCACUGUGGUUUUCUCUCCUUGGUUUUUAGGAGAGAUGGAAGAUGCCUGCCAGUGUUUCAGCCAGUUCUACUGUGUUGUGUACAGUGAAACAGGAUAGAGCAUAGUGUAAUGAGGCAGAGUCCUCAAAUCCUUGUUUAGGCAAAGCUGCUCAGUAUUGGGAGGAGUUUCUAUGGGAGAGAAAGUCUUUGUUUGCAGAACUGCAAUACCAGAUGUGGUAGCCCAUGAUCUUUGAGGUGUCCAACUCUUAAUUUUAAAGUUAUAUUUAAGCUACAGCUUUGUCUGUUCUAGCUAUUGUUAAUGUUCAGAUUGUUUUUAGGUGGAGGAUAGGCAAGCCAGCUGAGCUGCUGAGAAGGAAGGGAGGACAGAAGGAGCAGCACUGACACCAGAGUUGCAGCAAGUCCCAGGUGUCUGGGCCCUGACUCUGUUCUGUGUGUGCUGGGUCCUCCCUGCCCUUGCCUCUCCCCCUCUCUCCCACACUGUUGUGACACAUUUUUUCCUUCCCUAUGCCUUUCCUCUCGAUUCUACUGUCCCAUCAAAACAUGGCUUUUAGAACUGUAUCAGCAUUAAAUAAAAGGCCCAAGGCAAUCACUCAGU